AUGGCACGUAAGGCGAAGAAGGAAGCCCCUGUCCCUCCCAAAGCUGAAGCCAAAGCAAAAGCUUUGAAGGCCAAGAAAGCAGUGUUUAAAGGCAUCCACAGCCACAAAAAAAAGAAGAUCUGGACGUCACCUACCUUCCGAUGGCCCAAAACACCGAGGCUCAGAAGGCAGCCCAAAUAUCCUUGGAAGGGCGCCCCUAGGAGAAACAAGCUUGACCACUAUGCCAUCAUCAAGUUCCCCCUGACCACUGAGUCAGCCAUGAAGAAAAUAGAAGACAACAACACACUGGUGUUCAUUGUGGAUGUCAAGGCCAACAAGCACCAGAUUAAACAGGCUGUGAAGGAGCUCUAUGACAUUGACAUGGCUACGGUCAAUAGCCAUGAUCAAGCCUAA